AUGAAACUGCUGAGCAUGUGCAAACUGAAGCAUCAGUUAUCUUCACUGACCAUGAGGUCAGUUAAUUUUGAUAUAAUGCUGUGCAACAAGGUCUGUAGAAAGCUUUUGGAACAGGUAAGAAUUCUUCUGCUACAGAUAGCAAACCCCAUCAAGAUUGCCAAGCCCCCUUGUCAGCACAGGAAAAGACACAGGGCUAUUUAAUAGUUUAUUUGAUGUAUUUUACCCCACUGUUCUGAAAUACCAUAUUCAAGGUGGCUAACAAAAUACUGAUUUAUAUUUCAUGGGUUCAGGACAAACGCUAACAUUUUAAACAGAAUAUUCCUCCUCCCUCUCCCCCUCCCGCCACCUGUCUCCACUGUCUAAAUAUUUAGUUUGGAUGUCCUAAAAAUACAAAGGAAAACAAAGUAAAAAUAAUGAAAUCCAUCCACUUCUUUGCAUUUCUUGUUACUGUUACUUCAUUUACCCCAAAACAAAGCUGACCUACAGCUCUCCACCUUCCUCUUUCAAAAAGGAAACGAAAUAAUAAUCCUUUUUAAAAAAUCAAUUCAGUUCAUAGCAAGUCCUUUUCCUAUCAGGUUGCCUGUGUAAUCAAGUUGUACUCUAUAUAUUUGAUCACUCACUUCUCUGUUUCUGAUUUGUCUUUCAGAUGGAAGGCAGAGAUCAGGUCCUCCAGGACUCACAGCAAGGUGGUAUCUGGUCUCUUUAGCAGCCUCACCUUUUUUGUGGAUGGAGUGAGUCAGGGCCCCAUUCCAGGCCAGGUGGAAAUUGUCUGCAAUUUCUGUGGCCUCUCUGCUUGGAGGACAGACCUGGGUAGACUUUGCAAACUGUCCUGGUCCCCUUAAACUAGCCUGCUGCUUCAGAUGCAGCAAGGUUGCUACCCUGUUACUACUGUUGCCAGCUCUGCAACUGGAGUGGGGUGGUGGAUGGGGUGGACAUCUUACCAUUUAUCUCAGGCAGCAAAAUGUAUUGGACCAAUACCCAUGUAGUGGACCAAUGGGUGAGUAAGUCCCACUGAAAAUUACAGUGGUGACUGUGUAAUACCAUGCCUGUAUUUUGAGGAUACAUGCUUAGGAUUGAGCUGUGAGUGUAACUUUACUCUCUAUUGUCCACUAAAAUAAAUUCAUAGUGGAAUGUAUUAUUUAGUGUUCUAGAAAGAUAAUGUUAAAUUACAAACUGGGCAGAAAACAACUGCAAAGAAAAUAGUAGCAUUUUUCAUUUGCAUAUCUCCCCCUUUAAAUGAGGCUGCAGUUAUCCCUCAAAGAAUCCAUUGAUAAAUAUUUGCCAGGAAGUGAUGCUAGUUUUCUGUGGCCAAUAUGUUUGUAUAUAUGACUGAUGAACAGAAGAUUGUAUUACUGCUGUGUUUACUGGCCAUGUGUUGUGGAUCAGUUAAGGACUUCAGAAAUGCUGUCAGUGAAAGUGCAUUCUCCAUUAGCAAAUUAGUUUAUAUGCAGCAACUUGUGACAGAGCAGUUGGAAAACUGUUACUGGUAUCCCAUGCCACAGGGCUGUCUCUGAUGCAAAAGCAUUUAUAAGCAGCUUUGAAAGGCCAGAGACAAUUCAAACAAAAAUAACUCUUCCUUGAUGGUGUGGGGUGAAAAAUUUAUGACAGAGAGCUGAAAAGAGAGAGACUUAAAGUCCUGAGAAAGAUGCCAGAGCCUGCAUUUGGUUUGCCUAUUUGUCUAAUGCUUGACAUUUCAGGCUUGACUGUAGAUAGCUGGGGGAAAUAGAUGGUUUUAUUCAACUUGAGAGAAGAUGAAAUAACUUGAGUGAAUCAAAUCACUUGAGUGAAUCUCCUAACUAACAUUAUCCAUUGGAUUAGAUUAUUUAUCCCGAUACGAUACUGUAUAAUUAAUAUAAAUCCAAAAGUUGCUUUUGUUUUCACAAAUGAUUAAAUACCCAGAAAGAAUAUUGGCAAGAUGGAGGCAACUAUUAAUCCUAGCUCAGCAAAUCCUCAGAAUGUAGCUACCUGGAACAGGAGGAAACAUUUGCUGAGAGCUUCAAUUUUGUAUCCUAUCUGAAACUUUGCAGUAAAUUGCCUAGCCAGCAUGAGAAUACUUCAGAGACUUUCCCACUGAGUGAACAGGAAAAUGGGAAGAAAUAUGGUGAAAAUUUUAAGUGAGGGAAAAGUGCAGGCCUUGGAAUAGCACAGCAGGUUUCUGAACACCUGGCUGUGUAAAAAAAAAAAUCUGUGUGGUGUUAGAGGGCAUAAUAAGCAGAAUUUAGCAAAUGCACCUGCCAAUCACCUGUUCUUGAGUAUAAGUAUAUUAAAAUAAGGAUUUGAGGCAAUAGUAAUAUUGGAAUAAGGAAAGAGUUGGCAGUUUUUUUAAACUGUAAGAAAAUCAUUCCUGACCAUUGGCCAUGUUGGCUAGGACUGAUGGGAGCUGGAAAACAACACGAUGUGGAAAAACACUGGCUGCCCACUUCUGCUGACAACUGAACAAACAACACAGUUAAAGUUGUAGCAUGCCCUCAGCUCCUUCAAAUUUUUACUUCAGUACAAUAUCUAUAGAAGAAAAAUGUGUAAAGACUCUUUAAGAGCCAAUCCUAAGAGUCCCCGGGUUGCUACAGGCCAUGUGAGUGAACAGCAAGAAACAGUUUUAUUUUUGUAGCAUUAUCCCCUCACGGGGCAAAAAAAUCAUGGGCCAAGAUGGACUACUAGCCAGGGUCAGUUCUGCAUUAAGCUGGAACCUUCAGCCAGGUAUUCUGCUAUGGGUUUUUAUCAGUAAGUUGAAAGCAAUAAAUAGUUGAAAUUAUAGAAGAAGUCAGGUGUGGUGCUGUUUUCACAAAUAUAAUAGAAAAAGACAUAGCUAGAUAUAAUCUGCUGGAUAUAGCUCACUUUCACUAUGUUUUAUAAAGUAACAUCAGUGGAAGUGUUCCAUCUGGCCUUUGCUUCAGAUAUAGAAAAUUGUCAUAUGAAAGCUGAAUGGCACCUCAAGCGGAACUAAAAGUGAGAAAAUCAGUGCAAUUUUGAUUUAUAGAAAAUAUGCUAUCAAUUAUCCAAAAUUUUACAUCAAACUUGUCCAAAAUUUUACAUGAAAAUUGCUAUUUAAUAGUAUAGUAAAAGUAUAUAAUAGUGUAAUAGCUGGUGUUCUGAAGAAUCUACAUGAAAAUACAUUUAGGUAAUAUAUCAUUCUCUGAAAUUGGCUUGACUGAAAAUAUUUCCUCUCUUCAUUAACGUCCUGGAGGACAGUAAUCAUACCGUCUUAACCUUGCCAUCCUUUAACAUAAUAGGAACAAUAUAAUGUGGGGCACUCAAUCAAGUUGGAAUACUCCACAGUUCUGCAAACAUGUUAUUAGGUUAUCAUAGUCGUGGAGAAAUGUUUUAAAUAAAAUUAUGUUAAUAGGCUAUGGCCAAUACUCAGUAUUAAAGCAAAGUGUGAUAACUGUGUUGUCACUUCUUUUAUAGCCCUAAUGUUUCUUUGUCUUGGUUUCUCGAGGAAUUUAGUGCAAACAAAACCAACAGAUUUCUGCAUUACUGUAUUCCUUGAGCCCUGCUAGCCUGCUAGAAUCCAGGACCAUUGGCUUUCUUCUUGAGUUCACAGGAGGCCAUUGUAUUUAUGCUCCAUUUGUUGACCCUGGGGCAAGUGGAAGACAUUUGAGACUAAGGACACAAUGGUGCCCUUUUACAGGUACAGAAUGUGUCUGGGCUGACAGUUGUUGUUGUUUAUAUUCCUUACUGACCCUUCACUGUAACAUAUCAGGCUGGGCUACAAAAAUGAAAAAUCCAAUAUUAAAAUCAUUUAAAACCAGGUAUAAUCAGAAGAACAGAGUGGGUCCUAAAUAUAUAUUACAAUUUGUGCUGGUAAUAGGACAGGCAUGCAACAUACACAGUCCUCAAAAAGAAUGCGUUCCAGAGUCCGUUCAACUCCUGGAACCAUUUGAAAACCAAGGCACGGCUUCUGAUUAGCUGCAGGAGCGUCCUGCAGCCAAUCGGAGGCCACAGAAGCCGCACCAGAUGUUCGGUUUCAAAAAAUCGUUUGAAAACCGGAACACUCACUUCCAAGGCAUUUGGCAACUAAGGUACGACUGUAGGAGGAAAUGGAACAGUCAGAGCACUGCCAUACCUGCCCCUUAGCACCUGCCACCUGUAGUGGUCACCUCAUUUGUCUAAUGAGAGAGCUGACCCCCCUUCCCUCUCCCUCUCCCUCUCCCUCUCCCUGUGUUUCACAAUUAUAUAGGAGGGAGGGCUGCCUCAAAACCUACAAAUCAAGGAAAUGUAGAUAAUUACACUGGGCAUGAAUUUUUUGCUGCAUGUAUGUGCACAUAAGGGGACGCAGGUGGUGCUGUGGUGUAAACCACUGAGCAUUGGGCUUGCCGAUCGGAAGGUCAGCGGUUCAAAUCCCUGUGACGGGGUGAGCUCCUGUUGUUCGGUCCCAGCUCCUGCCAACCUAGGAGUUCGAAAGCAUGUCAAAGUGCAAGUAAAUAAAUAGGUACUGCUCUGGCAGGAAGGUAAACAGCGUUUCUGUGCGCUGCUCUGGUUUCGCCACAUGACCCAGAAAAACUGUCUGUGGACAAAUGUUGGCUCCCUUGGCCAGUAAAGUGAGAGGAGCGCCGCAACCCCAGAGUCGUUCGUGACUGGACUUAACUGUCAGGGGUCCUUUACCUUUACCUUUUAUGUGCACAUAAAGCACAAGCACAAAGUGUCUCUAGUGUAUCUAGCCUAUGAAGUGUGCCUAGUGUAGAGACCUGUCAGAUCUCUUUACAGGUUCAUUCUAACACUUGCAUAAAAGUAGAGAUGCUGUUAUAAUAACUUCAGGGGCAUGUAAAAACUGUCUCAAAGAAGAAAUGAACUUUACAAACCCUGAAAAUCCAAGCUGGAGAAUUAUCUCUCAAACACCUAUUUGCAAACAGGGUUAUAGCCACAUGAUCAGGAAUUUUGAAAACACAGAAUGGUGUGUGUGUUAGGAAAGAGUCCUAUGCAUGUGUACUUGUACACAUGUAGGUUGUAGGCAGACAUUAAACUGUAUGUGUGAAUGUCUGAAGCAGAAACAGCCUGUGCUAUCUCUUCCACCCCCGUCUACACACACAUUCAUCAUAAUGUCUGCACAGGGCUUGUGUUUGAGGAGGCAAAUUUUGAACCAAAUCAAAUAGCAUUAUAAUGGCACCUAGUGAUGGAAUAUAAGCAUUGCCACAAACAUCAGUGUGAGAAAGGGAAAGCACCCAUAUGUUCCAAUUCACAGAGAAGCAAAAGUUGAAAUAAAAGCCUACACCUUAAAUUAGUCAACUUAUCAAAAAAACACAAAUCCUUGUUAACACCUCUGAUUAUGAGUAAUGCUAAAGGCGGGGGAACAAAAAUAUGUAUAAAAUACUUUAGACAGAGUUCACUUUGCAGAAAUAAAUUCACAUUGCCUACAUUUUGAUAUCAGCAGACCUCUAGUGGCUAUUAAUAUAAAUGUUGAUUUCUAUCUUUUUACUAUUUUAUGUAGGAAAGGCUGCUAAGUUUACAAGGAAAAGGAACAACUCAUUCAGAAAUAUCAUAUCGAAAGAUCAUUUCAAUAAUUACUCAUGUUGAUGUAUCUUCUGAAAUAGCUCUACACUAGCAUUAGUUAUCAUAAAGUCAUUUCCUAAGAACCGAAUUUCUAGAACAUCACCAAAGCUACAGAUGUGAAAAAUGAGAAUUCAGAACUGACCCAAAAUUUCUCAAAAGAGAUUUUUCUGGAAUGAAAAUCUGAGAAUAUUUUUGCCCCUUUCUGAAAUGGAGGACAAUUGGGGGGGGGGCUAUUAUUUGAAUAGUCUCUGCCUCUAAUACACAAUGCCUCUUAAUAAUGCAAGGCAUUGUGAGGGGUGCAAAGUGGUGGCCAGGCUACUAAAGGAAAGAAGCUGUGCCAUUGUUGUUGUGCUGCCCUUCCCCAUUAAAAUAUUGAAGAAUUCCUGCUCCCACACAGGCUAAUGGAGAAUAUUUGGUGAAACGAUACCCUCAAUUUUUCAGCUUUGGCAGGAAUAAUAGCCUUCUGGAGUGGAGAAUUAAAUCAAGCUGUCUGGGAUGAGCCCAAGCUGACAUUGGCAAGAACUGGUAGGUGCGCACAGCACAUACAUAGUGCUGUGUGUGGAUCAGGGGGCAUGUUUCCCAGUUGUUUUGCAAGUGAUUGUCCUGUUCCAUAAUUUUAUAUAAACAUUAAUAUAUCUGACCAAAGUAAAGUAUACCUAUUUCCCUGUGAUAUCAUUGAACACAACUAUCCCUCGGAGCUUUCAAAAAGCAAAAGCCUCACAUCUGUUCUGAAUGGUGUGUAUUUGUUGUUGUUUUUCUGGGUUUCUACAGUAGAAAAUGGCAGGUGA